UAAUCUUUAUUAAUGAGAAAUUCAUUUAAAAUUAGUUUAAUCUGUUAUCGAAAUUUGAUACAAUAAAAAUAAACCACCUUCUAUAGUUAUAUAUUAAUUCGUAAAAUGAUAUAAUUAAUCGCACUUAAAUGUUUAUGGAAUUCUAAUAAACUCAGAAUUAAUGUAUACAUUAUGAUACGUAUCUUAAGAUAAAAUAUAUUCAUAAGAAGAAAAAAAUAUAAAUCUAAAGUAGAAAUAUUUGCAAUUAAUGAAAUGUUAUUCUAUUUAAUUCUUAAUAAGUCCUUUCAUAUGUCAUUACAUGUAUGUUAUUCACAUAAUUAUGUAUACAUAUAUACCAAACAUCUCAGCGAAGGUGUCAUAUUGUACUCGCCUCUGUAAUAAAAUUGAUAUAUAUUUAUUUACAACUAAAUUAUUAAAAUUACAAGUAUUUUUAAUUCGUAACAUAUGUGUGGUUACAAAAUUGAAUUUAUAAUGUUUUUAUUAGGUAAAUUCGUACAUUUCGCAUAUAAUACCUUAUCAAAGGUAGAAAUAUAAGACGUUAAUGACGUAGACUGCAUGUAAUAAUACGAUCAAAGAAUAACAUGUAAUAUUUAUUUAUCCUAAAUUGAUAUUUACUGUAAUAAAUAUCAUAAAAUUGUAUUUGUGUAAUAAUAUUACAAUUAAAUCUCAAUUAAGGUGAAUAAAUAUUAUAUGUUCUUCGCUCGCAUCGUAUUAUUUAUACUGGCCGCGUCACUAAUGCCUAAAUUGACGUUAUAAAUAAAACGUUACAAAACGUCGUAAAUUAAUUGUAAAUUAAACGGAUCAUUUCUGGUUCCCGUGACCUUACAAAAAUGUUUCUGGAAUUACAUCUAUGCAUACAACGUUUCGCUAACGUUGUAUGCAAGUUUUGCAAACACCGCAAGAAUGUUGGAAAUGGUAUGACGUCGUAUAUACAUAUAUAUAUUUAUAUAUAUAUAAAAGGUAUAAUUGAAUCGGGACAUUUCUGGCUGUUUACCGAACAUUUAUGCGACAAAACGUCGUAUAAUGCAACGUUACAUAAACGUCGAAUGAUUUUGAUUAGCAAGAGAUAACUUUCAAGCAUCACAUGUCCUAUUUUCGUUUGCAAUUGAUACAUAUGAAUCGAUAUAUCAGGUACAUACAUGUGAUUCAGCGUACACAUAUGAUAGGAAUAAAUCGAUAAAACGGGAUCACUGAUUUAUUGAUUUGUUACGCAAGAAGAUCAAAAAUAAUUUUACGAGCUGUUGCGUAAGCAGCUUGCACUUCUUAUUAACGCGUCGGAUGUUAUUAUCAUCUAACCGACAAACAAGAUGUUUAUUAAUUGCAUACACUGUUUAUCAUAAGAGAUAAUAUUGAAUAAAGUAUUGAACGAAAUCAGAAAGAUAAUAAAAAGCUAAAUUUAACGUUUUUUCCUUGUAUUCAACAUAUAAAUAAUGCGCCAAAAAUGCAGUCUCAAUGAAGCCGUACGUUUGCACGUGUUAUCGCGGGCGUUAUUAUUACGCAGGCGUUAUUAUUUUGCAGUGAUUUGACACUGGUCCACAACCUUUAGAGGCACGGGCGCAAUUUUGUAUAUUGUGAAUUUAAACUGCCUACAAAUCAAUAGCCUACAGCGUCGAUAACCAGUGCAAGAUCUUGGCAUUUAAGUACGAGUUGGCGUAGAAUCUACGUCGUAGAUAGUUGUUCUCCUCGUUUUUUAAAGAGCAUCGUGAAACCGUAAAAGAAACGGUAAAAUGUGGCCAUUUAACGCACGGUGUACCAGCAAAGCAAGACUCGUUGGAAAAACUGUUGUAAUAACUGGAGCAAAUACAGGAAUUGGCAAAGAGACUGCUAGAGAUCUUUAUAGAAGAGGAGCAAGAGUAAUUUUGGCUUGUAGAAAUAUUCAAAAAGCAAACGACGCAAUUGCAGAUAUAAAAAGAAAUCCUCCUUCACAAGCAAACAGAGAACAAUUUCAAGGCAAUUUAGGUGAGCUCGUGGUCUAUCAUUUAGAUCUUUCUAGAUUAACCAGCGUAAAAGAAUGUGCCAGAAACUUGUUAAAAAAAGAAUCGGCAAUACACGUGUUAAUAAACAACGCUGGUGUGAUGAUGUGCCCGCAAGAAGAAACUGAGGAUGGAUUAGAGUUACAGUUUCAAACAAAUUAUGUCGGUCACUUUUUCUUAACUCUUCUGCUAUUGCCAAAAAUACAAUCCUCCGGUCCUAAUUGUAGAAUAGUCAAUGUUUCGUCGUUUCUUCAUAAAUAUGGAGCUAUACAUAAGGAUCUAAAUUUAAUGGAAACAUAUACUCCCUUCAAAGCAUACACACAAAGUAAACUAGCCAACAUAUUGUUCACCAAGGAACUUGCUUGUCGGUUAAAAGAGGCACAUAUCAAUGGAAUAAACGUAUAUUCUUUGCAUCCUGGUGUUAUUACGUCAGAAUUAGGUCGACAUUUUAGUUCAACAAUAUUUCGAGGGGCAAGUACUGUUUUUCGAUCGUUUUUGCAACCAGUUUUAAAGAAUCCUGAACAAGGUGCACAAACAACUAUAUAUUGUUCAGUAGACGAGAAAGCGGCUAACGAAACUGGUCUCUAUUAUAAAGAAUGCGGCGUUGCAACGCCACAUUGGCGAGCACAAGAUAACCAAAUUGCUGAAGAUUUAUGGAAUCAAACUUGUCAACUUCUGAAGUUGGAACCUGAAAAAGACUUUAUUAGUUUUGUGAAAACUGUUUCUCAUCAAAUUUCUGAAAUAUAACUGCAUUUAUAGUAAUUAUAUUUAACACAAUUUAAAUUAAAAAUUAUGUACUGUUAAAUUAAAAGAAUAAUAUGUAUUAUUAAAU